AUGGCAACAUUGUACGGCGCUCUAUUGAGACUGAGCAAGCGAAACAUAGAACUCCCUCGUAUCCACUAUUGUUGUGGCUUCGCUUCUCUAACUAAAACCAACAACACACCACAGUUGCUGUUCCAAUCCAACAAAAAGAUAACCCAUUUGAUUCGAACUGGUAGACUAAGCGAAGCGAGGGCACUCUUUGAUUCCAUGAAGCACCGAAACACCGUAACUUGGAACUCCAUGAUUAGUGGGUACGUGCAUCGGAGAGAGAUUGCCAAGGCGCGCCAACUGUUCGACGAAAUGCCCCACAAGGACAUUGUGUCCUGGAACCUCAUCAUAUCUGGUUACUUUUCGUGCCGCGGAAGCAGGUUUGUCGAUGAAGGAAGAAAGCUGUUUGAUCUAAUGCCCCAAAGAGAUUGUGUCUCUUGGAACACUGUCAUCAGCGGGUAUGCGAAGAAUGGUGGGAUGGACCAGGCUUUGAAGCUCUUCAGGACCAUGCCUGAACGGAAUGUUGUGUCCUCCAAUGCUGUGAUCACUGGGUUCUUGUUGAAUGGCGAUGUGGAUUCAGCUGUUGGGUUUUUCAAGACAAUGCCUGAGCAUGACUCGGCUUCUCUUAGCGCACUUAUAUCUGGGCUUGUAAGAAAUGAUGAAUUGAAUAUGGCUGCUAGGAUUCUGCUUGAAUGUGGGAAUCAGGAUGACGGGAAAGAUGAUUUGGUGCAAGCUUAUAACACCCUGAUCGCUGGCUUUGGCCAAAGGGGCAAGGUGGAAGAAGCUCAGUGCCUUUUUGAUGCAAUCCCAAAUGAUCAAGGUGAUGGAAAUGAGGGUCAAAGGAGAUUCAGGCGAAAUGUGGUCUCGUGGAAUUCAAUGAUGAUGUGCUAUGUAAAAGCAGGAGACAUUGUUUCUGCUAGGGAACUAUUUGAUAGGAUGAUGGAGCGGGAUACUUGUUCCUGGAACACCAUGAUCAGUGGCUAUGUUCAAAUCUCCGACAUGGAUGAGGCCUCAAAGCUUUUCAGGAAAAUGCCAAGUCCUGAUGCACUUUCAUGGAAUUCGAUAAUAUCUGGGUUUGCGCAGAUUGGUAAUUUAGAACUUGCAAGAGAUUUCUUUGAUAGGAUGUCCUGCAAAAACCUGAUAUCAUGGAACUCACUAAUAGCUGGCUACGAGAAAAAUGAAGACUAUAAGGGUGCUAUUACGCUCUUUUCUCAGAUGCAACUUGAGGGAGAGAGGCCAGAUAGACACACUUUAUCUUCAGUUCUCAGUGUGUGUACUGGGUUGGUGGAUCUUUACCUUGGUAAGCAGAUACAUCAGCUUGUCACAAAGACUGUUCUUCCAGAUUUGCCAAUAAAUAAUUCCCUCAUUACCAUGUACUCGAGAUGUGGGGCAAUAGUUGAUGCAUGCACUGUAUUUAAUGAGAUGAAACUUUAUAAAGAUGUGAUCACUUGGAAUGCAAUGAUUGGAGGCUAUGCAUCUCAUGGUUUAGCUCCAGAGGCUUUAGAGCUUUUCAAACUGAUGAAAAGGCUUAAAAUUCACCCUACCUAUAUAACCUUUAUUUCGGUUUUGAGUGCAUGCGCCCAUGCAGGAUUAGUUGAAGAAGGGAGGAGGCAAUUCAAUUCCAUGAUUAAUGACUAUGGUAUUGAGCCACGGGUUGAGCACUUUGCCUCCCUUGUGGACAUCUUGGGACGGCAGGGGCAGCUUCAGGAAGCUAAGGAUUUGAUAAAUAGCAUGCCAUUUAAACCAGAUAAGGCUGUAUGGGGUGCAUUACUAGGUGCUUGUAGAGUGCAUAAUAAUGUAGAAUUGGCCAAAAUAGCAGCCGAAGCUUUGAUCAGGCUCGAACCAGAAAGUUCUGCUCCUUACGUGUUGUUAUAUAAUAUGUAUGCUAAUUUAGGACAAUGGGAUGAUGCUGAGAGAGUGAGAGUGUUGAUGGAAGAAAAAAAGAUCAAGAAGCAAGCAGGGUAUAGUUGGGUAGAUUCUUCCAAUUGCCAAUGAUAUUUUUGCUGCUUCAGAAGGACUUCAAUCAGAAAUGCAUAUCAAUCAUGUGAUUAGAGAUGCUCACGCUCAACUUCCACCGCAUUAUUAUUGUCAGACACGAAAAAUGAAUGGAUAGUGAUGUAAAUGUUAGUUUGACAUGGAAGAAAUAGAUAGACUUCUGGCAAACAUUCACAGAUCUAUUUGCCGGUGUGAGCAAUAAGUGAUUUCAACCUUGGAUGGCUGGAAAAUUGGUAUGUUACUACCAUUGUUCAACUACUUCUCAAAUAAAUAUUUCUUGAUGAGAUAAGCAUCCAUUAGUGUGUGUAUGUGUGUGUUGCCUCUGAGAAAGAAAAGAAUGCAGAAAGGGAAACAUUAUGCAAAUUACUGUUUUAAGGGCUGGUUUAUUUUUUGCUAAUGUAACAAACAAGACAAC